AUGUCAGGAGAAACCCUACCCGACGCUCCGGCGCCGAAUACCAACAGCGAAGUCAGACGAGAAAGUGCCGACGGAGGAGAUGCCCCUCGUCAGAAGAGAAUCGCUUGUGUUGUCUGUCGCAAACGAAAGCUCAAAUGCGACGGCGCAAGGCCGGCUUGCGGUACUUGCUCCAGACUCGGUCAUAACUGUUCGUACGAUGAGGUACGGCGGAAGAGUGGUCCUAAACGAGGAUAUGUCAAAGCAUUGGAAGCCCGGCUGGCCCAGGUGGAAACCCUUCUAAAAACACAAGAUGGCCCCGGCGACACCCCUCCUAUCAACAAGAUCGAAUCCAUGGGCGCCAUGCCCCAGCACAGUCUUAAUUUCUCCAUAUCCAACGUCGCCGAUUUCCAAGAGGUCCUAGCGAAGAAGAAACAAAAUGAACAGCAGCAGCGACAGCAGGCGAAGGCAGCAAAACCUGCCCCCCAAGCCGCUUUCAACGUUGAUGAUAUACAGCCUUUCACAAAUAUUCCAGAUUACCGUGGGUUCCCCGAAACUGGUAUGGAUCAUGCUGGCACUGGAGGGUUUGGAGUUGGAAUGCAAGACCCUGGACUUUCGUGGGAGAUGGUACAGUUGGGUAUCGACGAGGCACUGCCGGAUCAACAUAUCAUCGAUGACUUGCAUGAUAUAUACUUCUCCAAAGUUGCGCCUUACGGACCUAUAAUCCACAAAGGUCGAUACCUCGCCAGUCUAGAUCUAGCACCUCAGCUACGCGCACCAAUAUGCUUGCGAUACGCCAUAUGGAUGAUGGCAGCUUCCGUUUCCGAUCAAUAUUCAAAUCUACAAACAGUUUUCUACCGACGCGCAAGGAAAUACGCCGAGGAGGCCGAAAUGAAGGGACACGGUGAACAUAUUGUCACCGUACAGUUCGCUCAAACUUGGGGGAUUUUGGCAACAUACGAGUACAGACUCAUGUACUUCCCUCGAGCCUGGAUGUCAGCAGGAAGAUCGGUCAAGUUAUGCCAAAUGCUUGGAUUGAAUCGAUUGGAUGGGGUUGGUCUCGAUGUUAAGCAGUGUAUCGCCCCACCAAAGGAUUGGACGGAACUCGAGGAACGGCGAAGGACGUUUUGGAUUGCGUUCUGUACGGAUCGAUAUGCAUCAAUCGGAACGGGUUGGCCUAUGCAGAUAGAUGAAAGGGAUAUUAUGACACAUCUUCCUUCGUCAGAUGAAGCUUUUGCAUCUGGACGGGCGACGAAAUCCUAUACCCUGAAAGAAGCUCUUACACCUGGUGGUGCUCCCAGUCUUUCUUCAUAUGCCGGUGUUAUUAUUAUGGCGGCACUGAUUGGCCGUAACCUCUUACAUCUUCACCGUCCCGACGAAGGUGAAGAUGACUCGGAUUACGAAAAAGGAGAAUUCUGGAGACGGCAUAGACACAUGGAUAACAUUCUACUCAAUACUGUCAUGUCACUUCCACCGCAUUUCAAGCUUCCGAAUGGGAUAAUGGAUCCGAAUAUUGUGUUUACAAACAUGAAUAUUCAUACCUGUACGAUAUGCCUGCACCAGGCAGCGAUUUUCAAAGCCGACAAAUUCAAACUCCCUUCAAGCGUCUCGAAAGAAUCGAAGUAUCGGUGUGUUUCUGCGGCGGCACAAAUAACAGCAAUUAUGAAGAUGAUUGGUAGUCAAGAUAUGACAGCGAUGAACCCGUUUGUUUCCUUCUGUCUUUACGUAGCGGCAAGAGUCUUCGUUCAGUACCUGAAGAGCAAUCCGAAUGACGAGAACAUCCGCUCAUCUUUGGAUUUCCUUAUCAGUGCCAUGGGUCAUUUGAAGAAAUUGAACCCAUUGACUGAGUCCUUCUUGGUACAAUUGGAUGUCGAUAUGAUCGGAUCCAUGGACACACCCUCGAACCAGGCGAAGUUCCCGUACGGGAUGAAGAAGGGAGUAGUAAGUGAAUGUUUUCUUAAAACACUAGAAAGAGGCUUAGAUGGAGUGAGUCCUUCUGAAGUGGCUUUGAUAAAACAUGACACACAGUUACUUAUGUCUUUUGUCGACAUACAGGCUGAAAUAUACGUCCCGCGUGAUGGAAAAGCGUUCGACGGAAACACCUGCACACCAAGUGGAUCUUCGAACACCAACGGCAAGAGUCCUUCCGAAGCUGAAGACCCGCCGACAUCUUCGCCAUUCUUCACCUGUAAUAGGACAAUAAUGAACAUCACCAUUGAAAAGGCCGCUCGAGAGAAGGAGGCUCAAAGAAGAGGGCCAAGCUCAGUCUCUCCAACUUCGACUUUGGGAUCGAAUCACACAUCACCAUCUAUGGACCUUAGCGGCUCAAAUGAACACUCUAGUCAUACAUCACCGUCAAACAACAGCGGACUCUCACCAAUCGAGGAGAUGGUUACAAUAUCUUCGCACGAUUACUUACAACAGCAGCAUCAACCUCCCCAAACAACUAGUCUUUCAGGAUUCGAUUUUGGCUUCGUGCCUAGUGUUGUAUUGGGGACGGGAACCGGCUUGACACCGAAGGAGUUCUCGAACCCUACCCUACAGCCCGAUGCAUUCGAUAUCAACUCUCUGACGGUGGAACAGCAGGACGCAAUGUUUACGGAAAUGUUGGCGAUGAAUUCGCCGUCGCAGUGGAUGAAUGGGUCGAAUUUAUACCAGUGA